UUCCGCGAGCGCCAAAAUCCUUUUUUUGGAUUCUUCUUUGGAACGCUCGACUAGUCAGAAGAGCCAAUUCACGCCUCUGACCAACCUCGUCGGCGCCGUCACCAUGGCCACAACCGAUCCACCACAGGGUUCGACCGCACCACCAGCGGAAAACGCAGCGCCCAGUUCUUCGGCUCCUCCACCGGAGAAAUCGACGUCGCCGCCAGAUCAACCGCCAACUUCGAGCGAACCACCGCCGACAUCGUCGCCUCCAUCCUCAACCCCGACAGAACCCCCGAGCUCGACUCCGUCGUCUACUCCUCCUCCAGAGAGCUCGACUUCUGCGCCGCCUCCAACAUCCUCGCCUCCGACUACGGAACCGCCGCCGUCAACCUCAUCGAGCUCGUCACCAUCUUCGACGCCAGACUCUACUUCUUCCACUACAUCGCCGGACCAAACAACCAGCAGCCCCCCUUCGUCAACAACACCCCCGAGCUCCUCCAAUCCGUCAUCAGCCACCACAACACCACCACCAUCGUCAAGUGAUGUCACCGUGUCUGUCUCGGGCACAGGUGGUUCUACCGUUAAUGUCAUCGUGACACACACUACGACGCCUUCAGGCUCUCCAAGUGGCAUAACUACCUCUUCUACCUCUACGGCAACCCCGAAUGGCGUUGCUGGUAAGGACAGCAGCAGCGGCCUUAGUUCAACAGCCAAGGUAGCCAUUGGCGUGGUCGUACCCAUCGUUGCUAUUGCUAUUUUGGCAGUCAUUGGGCUUUUCUUCUGGAAGAAGACUCGCGCGCGCCGUCAAGCAGAGGCGGAGCGCCGAAAGGAAGUCGAAGAUUAUGCCUACAACCCCAAUGCGGAUCCUACAAUUCCCGUUGUCGGUAUGUCUGGCGGAGAUUCAUAUGAGAUGAGAGAAGAGGAAUCCGUGGGAUAUCGUGGCUGGGGAUCGACCACUCUCGCCGGCGGCUCAACCGGCCGAAAGGCUUCUACAACGAUAUCUGGCGCCACCAACAACGGAUAUUCUGACAUGGCGCCUUCUCGCGGUAACAUGUCCGAGGCCGCAUUGAUUGACAACCCUGAAGGAGAGAUUCUUGGUGCCAUGGGCCCCGCAGCCGCAAACAACCGAGGUGACGUUAGACGAGGAGCCUCGAAUGCGUCUUCUUCAUACAGCGCAACUGGCCGAUCAGACGGCUCCGAUGCGGGCGUGGGCGUGGCUUACGGCGGUAGUGGCGGCUAUUACGAUCAAUAUGGCCAGAGCCCGUAUGAGACUGGCUAUGGCAAUCCUGGCGACAACAUGCCCGCUCCACCCAUUAUCCGUGAUAAUCCUGCACGUCGCAGCGCGCGCGUUGAAAAUCCUGGCCACUUCCCCCAACAGAGCGCUGGUAUUUCCCAGAACUUCUAGUUGGUGCGGCUUGUGAGACUCGUAUACUUUUUUUUUUUUAACGCUCGUUGUGUUUCAAGGAUAUCCUGGGGUUUGGAAGAUGCUCAAGGACCAUGAGAGGCGUUUUAGGAUGUUUCUUUUUUGCGACCACCUUGUUUAAUAAUGCUUUGCAUACCAUGAAAUCUGGCUCUUCUCUUUUUUAUUUACGCUCGCUUCAUUCACACUCUCGCUUUAUUUAUUGCACCGCACAGCAUAACACGGCGCAGCUGCAUAUUUUCCCUCAUGCCAUGUAUUGGCAUUUGAGUUUGAAUUUAUUUUAAUUUUAUGCGCAAAAGAAUUGAUAUAAUCUGGACAAGAACAAGAAGGGCGAGGGAGGAGGA